AUGUUCAUAAACCAUUUGGUUGACAGCAUUAAAAAGUCCUCUUUGUUUUGGAGGGGGGUGGCAGGGUUGUUGCGUCCCCUACCAAUGUUGAGACCAAACCUAAUUCCUUGCUCAAGAGGCCGCAGCGUCCCCCUCUCCUCCUCAGUGCACUAUAUAUCCUCCACGGAAACCACACCGCUGUGCACAGGGCCACACAAGUUUGCAGGAGAUGCAGACGGCAAAGAUGAAAGGAAGGGAGAGGGGAGAGGAAGUCAGCUUGAAGAGGCUGAACCACAGAGGCUGAGAAAAAAAUCAGCACCUGAAACUGUGGGAACCCCCUGUUUUGAGAUGUUUCACUGCAUUGGACCUGCAGCACUUGCAGAAGACCACCCACCGGCUCAAAUUCACCUCCACUUCAUUCACCGCCCCUGUUGUCGGGGGGAAAGAGACAGGGGUUGGACAGGAGUGAGCAGCGAGAGAAGAGAAAGAGGAAGCAGUACAGUAAGUGGCUCAGAUCAGCACUUCUCUAUUUUGUUCAAUCAAAUAAUGAUGUACUUGGAGGAACAUCUCCCACUUGGAUUGUCUGCGAGUGGAAGAUGACAGGAGGUGUUCCCAUCAUGAGGCCUAACCGCUGCUGGACUGUCCUGAAUGUGUCCAUCUUAGCACUGCUGGUUCUCGCCUUGAACGCUGACAGUGAAGACUGUGAAACAGUAAUUAAAGUACAACGCCACACACUUUACGAGGCCUUCAUUGGACAAGAACUUAUCAUGAACUGCACAGUUGCUUUCUGCAACAGUUCACCACCAUCAGUGAUCUGGUACAAACUUGAUCAACCUAUUGGCCCUGUUAAUGUCAGCAGUGGCAGUCACAUUAAAACAGUGUGGAAAGAGUUAAGCCGUUCUGAAGGGGUAUCGUUUUUGAUCUUCCAAAAAAUACUCGUCAGCGACUCAGGUCUGUAUCAGUGUCGAAGUGGAGAUAGUGUGAGUCACAGCAUCAACGUGUCUGUCCAUGGUCAUGCUGAAAUUACCACUGUUAAAUGGGAGAAUGAAACAAGUAGCCCAACUCCUACCCCUCAGCUCCCAGAAAAUAUAUUGAUGUAUGUGUACCCUGCUGCUGGGAUUGUGACACUUGUUGUCAUAGUGAUAGUUCUAUCCAUCAUAUCAAUGCGAGGGUGUAAAGGGAAAACAAAGAAAGAGACACAAACUGAAAAUAAGUACAUCGUAGUCCCCAUGGUGGAGCAGCCCUCCCCACAUGCCGGCCUCCAUGUCUCGCCAAGACAAAGCCCCUCUGCCCCGCCCUCCCGGAGAUCCUCCCGGAGAUCCACCCGGAGAUCCACCCGGCGAAACGCACCGUCCUCCCAACCCAAUGAGGCGCCGAUAGAUAACGAGCACGUUUAUGGCGAGGUAAAAGAGGACACGGAGAGAGGGAGAAACGCGGUGGAGGACGAAGGGAGUUCUGUCGUGUACGCCGCACUCAACCAUCAGCCGCCACCGGGGGCUGCUGCUCCUCGGCAAUGGAGGCGGGAGGAGGAGUUUUCAGAGUACGCGGCUAUCCGAGUGUCUUAAAGACCCAAAACAAACUCUCAAAAUCAUGCGGAGUAAUAUGUGUCUUGGUGUUGGCUAGAGUAAAUUCCACUCACACUAGAGGACCACUGAUCAAACAGGUACAUCCCACAGGAGCAGAGGAGAGCAAUUACAAGAGGAUACAAUGACCCACUCACAGCAAGGAUUGCGGAUACACAAAACUCAUCUUGGACUCAAAACACGAGGAAGCUACAGCACUGACUAUUCCACCCAGUCUACCCAAGACUCCAAAGACUUGCCAAAUAAUUUAAGUGCCAUUUGGUCAAUACUUUCAAGGCCCUGCACACCUGCACAAUCCAGUUGGAAAAUGAAUGUUUUGCAUCACCCUUGUUGUCUGGAGUUUUCAACAUCAGAAUUCAAUUAGGCAAAUUCUAACUCCCAAGGAUGUGAGUUUGAACAUGACUGUACUGAGAAAGGCCUCAUCUGUGCACAAUCCAGAGAGGAGGUCUAAUCAUUUACUAUAAGUUGAGUUGCCUCUGGGUAUGUAGGGCUUUUCACCCUGUAAAAAAAAAAAAAAAAUUUAGCAAGAAUGCCAUUGUGAAUUUUCCCCUUUCACUGACUUUUCAUGCUAGAAAAGAUUGGCAAAGGUAAAUAAACUACACCAGUUGUUAGCAUGUAGUAGCCUAAGCAACAGCUAGAAGACCAAAGACAACUAGUACUACUACUUAAAUAGUUGGUAAGAUUACCUGAGUCACGUUGUAAAACUUGCAGUAAGGACGUGUUGGUGCAAGUUUUUUCAGAAUUCAUUUUAGGUUGUGAGACUGUAAAUGCGCAGAUCAACCUUCACUUCAAUGUGGAAAUUGGAGAGAGAGUAUAUUUUAACAAAUAAAACCUAAUAUUGUACAUUUUAUGCCAGGGAUGAAAUGAGCUACAAAGCCCUGAGACUGUGUAGAUCUACAGCAUGGGAAAGGCAAACUGUGUCUACAGCCAGUGUGGUUUUGUUUGUAACCCUGGUUUGAAUGAUUUGUGUCAUGCACCCGCCGUACAUGAAAACUCACUCGUGUUGUUGCACAUUCAUGACUUCAAUUGACUCUUCUGAGUAACAUCACAUCUGACAACAGUAAUGUUUUGGGGAUUCUACAACCUGUAUCAUAUCAACUCUUCAUGCAUUUUCUGACUCAACGAAUGACUAAUGAGCCUUUGGGAUUUUGUGUUCCACACACCUUUAGAGUUACUGAUUGUGAUUCUUUAACUGGGAAAUAGAGAAUGUAAUGAUUAUCUGAUUAUUUUGUGCAAUCAAAUAACAUAAUGUAUAUCCAUAAUUGUCUGAUUUGAAAAUGAAGUUAUCACUCCUGA